AUGGCUGACCGAUAUCCACGGGCGGAUGACUCCGAUGCUGACCCUGGGGAGCAAGAUUUCUUUAAUAGCUCAGCUAGAAGGCCUGUUGUCAACGCCAGUGACUUCGAGGAGGGGAGCCCUGAUAUUCCUGACGAUCCGAUGGAUUCUGCGGGAACGCAUUAUCAAGAAUAUGAUGAGAACGAGGACGAGGACGACCCGGACUACCAUGUUGAUGAGGACGAAGAGGAAGAUGAUGAGUUUCACGAUGCCGAGGAAGGUCUGGAGUUUGAAGUUGUGAUAGAGGAUGAGUCCGAGGAGGACGAAGAUGAUGAUGAUGAUGACGAUGAAGACAAUGUCGGAGACGACGGUAGGGCACAUCUGGCGGCACUUCUCACUGGCCGGACAGCUCCUGGUUUCUUAACCCACAGACAGCUCUUGGCGUUACUCCGUGGUCGUGAUCUAGGGCACGUUCUCUUCCAUGACGAUGAUGACGGAGGAUGGGGUUUCCGGCGGAGGAGACGGCGAAGCCCCCCCGAUCCUAACCGGUUUCCAAAGGUGCCGAGUGAGAAAGACCGCGAACUCGGUAUAGGAAAUCAAUCAGAACGCAAGAUAAACCAAGAUAUCAUGGCUCAGGGCAUGAUUCCCACUAGCGAGGCUGAUAUGGUCAUACACUAUAACAGCCCUGUAUACUGUGGUCAGUUCUCAGAUGACGGAAACUUUUUCUAUGCUUGUGUCAAAGACUUCAAGGUCCGCAUGUACGACACAUCGAACCCCUACAAUUGGAGGCAUUACAAGACCGUGAACCAUCCUUUUGGUCGGUGGGCACUCACAGAUGCACAUUUGAGCCCCGACAAUAGGUGGCUUGCGUACACAUCAUUGCAGAGCCACGUUUGUUUUGCGCCGACUGAUCCCAAUGACAAAGGAGACCCAUACACCCUGGAUCUGGGCGAGAGCCGGGCGACAGGUGGAUGGCGAACUCGAGACUUCGCUAUCUGGUCUAUUCGUUUUUCGGGAGACGGAAGGGAACUCAUCGCCGGCAAUAAUGCGUCGUCAAUCAUUGUGUACGAUAUUGAAAGUCGUCGAGUGUUGCACAACAUCACCGGUCACGAUGACGAUGUUAACGCUGUAUGUUUUGCCGACGUCUCCUCCCCACAUAUUCUAUACUCGGGUUCAGACGACGCUACGAUCAAGGUAUGGGAUCGUCGGAGCAUGGGCGAUGGCCGAGAAGCAGGCGCAUUUGUGGGCCAUAUCGAGGGUCUGACGUACAUCGACAGCAAGGGUGAUGGGCGAUAUAUCUUGAGUAAUGGUAAAGAUCAAACGAUGAAGCUGUGGGAUCUACGAAUGGUGAUGUCCACGGCCCAGUUUCAGGAGACGAACCCACGACAACAUACACGACAGAGCGAUUACGACUACCGAAUGGAGGAGUACGACUUGGACAAUUGGUUCCCGCAUCCUGAUGACAACUCUGUUGUUACCUACCGAGGACAUCGGGUCCAGCGCACGCUCAUCCGCUGUCAUUUCUCGCCCCCAGGGAGCACCAACUCGAGAUAUGUGUACUCUGGAAGUCAUGACGGCAAGAUUUAUGUGUGGAAUAUGGAUGCCACACCGGCCGGCGUCAUUGAUGUCAAGAAGGCGGCAACGAUGGGGUUCCAAGGCGUCAGUCGAGCUAGGGCGCGCGUUCACCGUGACGAUUAUGCAGGAUGGUCGUCCUGUGUGCGUGAGGCGCACUGGCACCCUAAUGCGCCGAUUAUAGCUGCAUCGUCAUGGAACGGAUAUGAGAUGCACGACAUGAACUUUGGAACUGUCACAGUACACUCCUACAAUGAUGCUCCUGAGGAUGAAGCGGAGCCGAAGAUGGGCUUGAUGGUGAAUGAUCAGCUGGCAUCCGAGAACUUGUCGUUUCAACCGACCUCGAUCUGGUAG